AUGGAGGCCUCCCUGGCUGAUUUAGCCUCAUCUCUCCACCUUUGGUGUAAUCAUUGGCCCAGGCUCGUGCACACAAGCAUUACAAUGCAUCCCUCUAGCGGGCAAUGUUGGUACACCCCCUUUCCCUGGAGCCUCAAUCUAAUCUUCUUGCCCCCAUUAGAAUUCUGUGAAAUACCCUUCUUUGCAUUAACCUUUGUCUCUCUCAAUUAUCAGCUAGAUACAGCAAUCAUGCAUAGUAAACCAUCCCACUGUAACCAUCUCAUCGUCGUCUGUUGUCACGCCAUAUAUCUCGGUGGACCAACACAGGGCCUCUCUGAGGAUGAAUGGCUCUUAGAACCCUUCCAAAAGGGAGAAACACCUACGUUUACAGCUCAUGUAAAAGCUGGUUUACAAGCCUUGGCACAUGAUCCGGCUGCGUUGCUUAUUUUUUCGGGAGGCGCAACAAAGAAAGAUCGUACGAGUUUAACAGAAGGGGAAUCUUACUUGGCCCUCGCCCAAGAAAACAACUACUUCUCCUACACCGUCCCGCCCGCCCAAAUUAUACCCGAGACACAUGCUACCGAUUCCUACCAGAAUGUGCUAUUCUCUUUACUCCGGUUCAAACUCUAUACGGGCGUCUACCCGUCGCGGGUGACGGUCGUGACGCACGAGUUCAAGCGGAGACGGUUUAUGGAGUAUCAUUUCCCCGCUAUUGGGUUGGUUCCAAUUGUACGAGGAUCCGGAGAUGAGGGCCGAGCCGCUGUUAUUGGGAUUAAUCCGCCCGAGGAGGUGACGCCUGAGGCUUCGUUGAUUGAAGGGGAGGAGAAGAGGGGGAUUGGGUUGUGGAUGAGAGAUCGGUACGGGGUUUUACGUGAGUUGAAGGAAAAGAGGGUUAAGAGGGGCUGGGUGGAAGGUAUGGAGGAGGGACUUUUCGUUAAUGUGGGGUUGGAGGAGGUGGUCGAGAAGUUGGUAAGGUGGGAUGGGGGGAUUAGUGGGAAUGAGUGGUUUUCGAGGAUGGAGCAUUUGCCUUGGUAUAGUAGUGGUGAUAUAUUGUAG